GAUUGGAUUCGUGAUUGCAUAUGCCCCUACACCUGUCAAUCGUCGCCUCAUGACUUUUUCCUCCACUCGUGACUUCUUGGACACUAUCGCUCUUCGUUCCCACGCGAGGAUCUUUGCAAGUCAUUGAAGCUGUUCACGACUCGAAGACGGCCGCUUUUGCACUGCUAUCAGCUCCCCUGCGACAGCGCUUGCGCUUACAGAAUAGGCAAAAUGUCAGGAAAGACCAGCAGCAGCAGCAGCUCUUCUCUCGCAAAGGGCAUCAACGCUCAGGACACGCAAGCCGAACUUCACCGCAAGGGCGAGUCGAACAGACGAGAAGUGAUGGGCUCCACAUUCGUCGAUCGCGCCCUAUCAUCCGCCUCGCCCUUCUCUUUGGCCAUUCAAGACUUUGCCACAACGCACGCUUGGGGCGCCGUCUGGGGUAGAGAGGGUUUAUCGCCUAGGGAUAGGUCCUUGCUCAACAUUGGUAUGCUCACUGCUUUGGACAAGCAAAACGAGCUGGCUGGUCAUGUCAGAGGCGCUCUAAACAAUGGAUUGGGGGAGAAGGAGAUUCAGGAAGCUCUGAUUCAGGCGACCAUCUAUUCUGGAAUGCCAGCUGGUAUGGCUGCCUUUCGCACAGCUGACACCGUCCUCAAAUCUUGGCGGGAGGACCAUGGUCUCAAGCCAGACGAGGUCAUUCCCGCCGCACCUCGAGGCAGACAAGGGGCAUGAAAUAUUCGUCAAGAGCAUGUCUGCCGCACAACGGGCGUGAGAGAGAGAGCCUGAUCAUUGGAAUCAAUCAUCAAGCUUGAACAGACAAACGCAAUUGGAUGAGAUUUCUCGCGAUGA